CUAGGUGUCGCAGAAUGGAGUAGCCGUGGAGUGAAGAGUCCCAACACUAGUCUCCCAAGUCUUUGAGGUGAAAAAAUAAGGUAAGUUGUUGUGUAAGGGAAGUUCAAUGACAGAUCUGAGGCCUUAAUCUAAAGCACUUUGUUUCUGGUUUAGUUUUGCCCAAGUUUGACGUGACCGUAAACGCACCGCAGACCUACAGCGUUGCAGUUAUGGGACUGAAAGUUGAGUCUUGUGCCAAAUGUACAUAUGGCCAACCUGUACCUGGUCAAGCCUUAGUGGAAGUGUGCCGUGAUCCAUUUCCAAACAGUCUGCUUCAUAAUUUGACCGGACAGUGCCUGACUCAAACCGCAAAGAUGAAUGCCACGGGCUAUGCCUCUCUUACUGUUGAUGCGUCAGUGUUUUUCAACACCAAAUUUGAAGACCAAAUGCAAGAAACAUUGCUAUUAAAUGGGAAUGUUACUGAGGAGGGAACAGAUGUAAUGGUGGCAAAAUCUGCAAUGGUGUCCUUUACAAACAAAGCUGUAUAUCUCAUGGAGGGGAGCAACUGGCCCAACAAACCGCCGAGGCCAAUGCCCCGUACUCGGACUUCUCCAAGGCAAAUAAUUUAUGCAGAUCAGAGAGUUCUCUCCUCAAGUCCAUAUACAGCAGCCACUGAGGGCAGGACAGUUCUGCCUAGAGAUCAAGACGUUUCCCCUUCUCUUCACCGUCUGUUAAUUCACGAGGUGACCUUCUGCAUUCUCAAUCUGUCAGUCAUAAAGAGAUUAUCUCACUGACAAUCUAGGAGACCUGAGACUACCAGGCUCGGCAACUCUGCUAACUUCAAGUCAUCCUUUCUCUUCUUAUGAACCAACUCAAUCCCAACACAAGCUAGCCCAUCAAGAAGAUGCUACAUAUCCUCAACCUGGUAUUAGGCACAUAGAUAGACCACGUGGUUACUACAACACAGACCACAGAGGCCAUAACUAUAUGUCCACUGACCAAAGAGAUCGCAACCACUAUCCCGCAGCUGUUCAGUUUAUGCUUCAGGACUAUAGUCAAGAGACAGCAGCUACGUAUGGGACUUAUAAAGAUCAUAGUCUGAACUGCAAACCCGUGCGCUAUUUCCCUUCCACUGAACCAUAUGGUUAUCAGCAACCUUAUCAUCGGAUUCCAGCUACAAGUCCAGUCUAUCAAGAUGAGAGACUUUCUCCAAGGGAUACAUUAGCUCACCAUGCACAUGAGAGACACUCAGACAGCUAUGGUCAAUCAGCUCCUAAUCCUACAGACAAAUCAAGCUUCUUGACCCCACGACAGUACGCAGAUUAUGCUCAGCCUGAGACAUAUCAGCCAUACCACCCAGUGCGCCCUCCUUCUCUUCCAUAUCCUCAUGUAGAGCCCACCUACAGAGGUCCUAUUCCCACCAUUCCUCAUUUUUGCAGUGACAAUCCCAGAGUUUGCAUGACUCAAAAUUGCACUGGAGAAUUUGCUACCUGCCGAGGCUACAGAACGUUUCAAGUACCAAAUACUCGUUGAUCAUCUGAAACAGGAGAAUGCCUUGCUCAUUGCAGACUCGUACGUCAACAGCAGGUACCCAUACACCAACACCAUGAGGUCUCUAACUGCACUUUAUGGUCAACCACAUCAACUCGCACUACAAAGAAUUGCAGAAUUUAUGGAUGGCCCAA